UGAACUUUGGUGUAACUAAUUUUUGGAUAUAAAGAGAAUUUUAAAUAUAUACUCCCAUAAGAACUUUUUUUGUGCAAUCAGUGAUAUGUACAGGCCAGUCUUGGUUUUAAGGCGUUCCUUCUAAAAUCAAACUUUUUAAAUUUACUUUCUCCCAAGACUUCGAAUGUGGUAUGUUUACAUAAAGUGCCGGCAAACGUGUUUUUUUUUUGUGUAACACAAAAUUUCAAAACAAAGCAUACCAAAAAAAAACUAAAUAUAAAGAAACGAAAUAAAAAAAAUAUAAUUCAAAGAAUAAAAAAAGGGAACUAAGAAACAUUUUCGUUAGAAAUUAAGGAGAUAUAUAAAGGAAGCAAUAUUUUAUAAAUCCUAAUCAAAUAGAAUGACAGCAUUGUACUCCGACUUGGAACGUACUGGCAAUGUAUUGCAAUGUUCUGCUUCUACAAUCUCGUUUACCACAAGCGAGGUCAUCACUUCGACACAAACAUCGCAACAACAAUCAGCUUCUAGCGCUUCAGCCGCAGUUGCUGUUGCUGUUGCUGCAGCCGAAUUACGUCAGCAUCAUCAUCAGCAGCAACAACAACAACAACAACAGCAACAAUCCGUUGUCAGUUCUACACAAACGAUAAUUAAUGGAAACUCCCUAUCAUCAUCCGUAUCAUCUACAUCGCCGUCAUCAUCAAAUAUAUCGCCUAUUUCGUCAUCACCGCAAUCGAAUCCUAAUAGUUCAAUAGGAACACCUUCGCUUACUGGUUCUCCGACGUCUUCCACACACCUAGUCGGCUUAACUAACUGUACGUCGAGUAGCAGUGGCAUCUCUUCUUUAUCAGGCAUAAGUCUCAAUGGCGGAAAUAGGCCUAAUUUGGGUAGUAAUACAGCGUUAAUUGAAGACUCUAGAACACUUCAGCUAGCGUUAGAGUUGUCAAUGGUAGGAUUAUCCGAUUCAAUGCAGGCAGCUGCAGUUGCAGCAGCUCUUACUAAUGGCCAUGGACAUACCCAACGCCAGCAUCAACAACAACAGCAGCAAAAUCAACAUUUAAAUCAUCAUCAGCAGCAACAACAACUUCAGUCACAGCAGCUUCACAGUCAAUAUGAAUUGACAUGUGGACUAGCGAAUGCAGCAACACCUGGCAUAAUGCAACCGACAAAUGUCUUGGCCCCAGGUACAACUCUAAACCAGUUCGCUGCCUCCAUAUUGCCAACAUUAGAAGACCGUUCAAAAAAAUCCCAAAACAUGACAGAGUGUGUUCCAGUUCCCAGUUCGGAACAUGUUGCUGAAAUCGUAGGACGACAAGGAUGUAAGAUCAAAGCACUACGUGCCAAAACAAAUACCUACAUCAAGACUCCGGUUCGUGGUGAAGAGCCUGUCUUCGUUGUAACUGGUCGAAAAGAAGAUGUUGCGAAAGCUAAACGUGAAAUUUUGUCAGCAGCAGAACAUUUUAGUUUGAUUCGGGCCAGUCGUAAGCCUGUUUUGGCUGGAAAUUUGGGAAAGGUGCCACCCGGGCCACCAUCGAUUCCUGGGCAAGUUACUAUACAAGUACGCGUACCGUACCGUGUAGUUGGUUUGGUUGUUGGUCCAAAAGGAGCUACCAUUAAGCACAUACAACAAGAAACGCACACUUAUAUUGUGACUCCGUCACGUGAAAAAGAGCCAAUUUUUGAAGUUACUGGUUUGCCCGAUAACGUGCAAGCGGCCCGCAAACAAAUCGAAGCUCAUAUCGCUUUACGCACAGGCAACUUAUCGCCUUCAGUGCAAACCAUUAAUUCGCUUAGCCAAAUGUUUAUUGGUGAUGAGCUGAACCCGGAGUUUUUAGCUUCCAUUUAUAAAAAUGGCAUAUGCUCAACGUUUGAUUAUGUUGACGCUCAAGUGUCUCCCGCCGAUGGGUUGGGAUGUAACAUGGUUGUGCAAACUCAAAGUAUGCAUACAAGUGCAUCGAAUAUUGGUUCUUUCAAUGGAAACGCCAAUCACCAUCAUCAACAGCAGCAACAACCACAACAUCUCCGUCAGGGUGGCAACACAGUUGUUUCUGCUUCAAAUUCUGUUAUGAAUAGUAUUAGUGGAGCUAUGAUGGGUGCAAAUAAUGCCAACAAUGGAAUAGGUGGCAAUUCAUGCAAUGGUAAUGGCGUAGUCGGAGAAAUGAAUGGAACAUCAAACGGAGGUAGCCGAUCCUGCUCCUCCAGUUCGUCGUCAACCUCUUCAAAAAGUGCCAACAACUCGCGUCCCGAACUGAUAAACAUUUGGAAGAAUCUUGGCGAAUCCCUUGAUGUUGAUGAAGGUCUCGGUGAAUCACCCAACAUCUGGACGCUUCCUUCUGUUACCGUUCCAAUCGGUUGCUCACCACCCCAGUCAGUCAGUCCAACUGAUUCUCUGCUUGGUGGAGCUGGUGGCUCUACUGGCAGUAACAAUAUAAGUCAUAUGAUCUCAUCCACUUCUACUGCCAAUAUUGUCAACAAGGGCAAUCGAGCUGGUAUUGCCUCCUCAACUUCACAACAGCUUAACAAUAUGCGCCGCGAGUGCUUGGUUUGCGGCGACAAGGAAGUCACUGCCGCCUUGGUGCCAUGUGGCCACAACAUGUUUUGCAUGGAAUGUGCUAACCACAUAUGUACAUCUGUAGACGGGUGCUGCCCCGUAUGCAGCCAAACUGUCUACCAUGCUAUGCGAAUUCUGCCUUAAACAGGUCAGAUUACAGGUUAAGUAAUUUUUUAUUUAUAUUUUAUACAAUAUAUUUAUAUAUUUAUAUAAAUAUGUAUUUAUUUAUACAUGUUUUUUUCGUAAGCCCAUACAAACAAAUAUAAGCUUAUAAAUAUUAAAACAAAAAAAAAACAAAAACAAACAAAGUACGCAGAGGAUUUUUAUAUAUUUUUUAAAUGUUGAAUUUUAUUAUGAAUUUAUUUUAUAACGAAAAAAGUCAUGUUAUUUUGGCCAAUAUUAUGUAAACAAAAAAAAAAACUAAACAAUAACAAAAACUAAAACGUAGCAAAUGAAAAAAGAGAUUUUUAUUAAAGUAAUCAUUAUUUUUUAUUAGAUCACUUGUUUUAUAUACAUAUAUUAUAAAUAAUAAAUAAUUCAUAUAAUUUAAAAAAAAUAGUUUAUAUUUUAUGUUAAAAUUUUUUAUACGAGAUUUAUUUUAUAAAUUAUUUUAUAUUCCUUUAAAUAAUGUUUUUUUUUAAACAUAAACUAAUUAAGUGAGAAAGAAAAAAAAGACGAAAAUAGAAGCAACAAAAAAAACAUAGAAAUAUUUAUUUUUAAUAUAGUCAAAAAAUAAUUAAUAAAGCAUUUUUCAAAGCAAAAAAACUAUGGUUGAAGCAAUGGGUUGUGUGUCGAGAUGAGUUUUUGUCUUUAAAUAUAUAUAUAUAUAUAUAUAUAUAUAUAUAUACAGGAAUUGUAGAGUCAUGACCAAGAGUGUACACAAACAAGUUUAUCGAUAAAAUAUGAAUAUCAGCUUGUUAAAUGAAUAUGAGGGGGAAACUCGAUAUGUUUGACGUUAAAACUGACAGAAAUAAAUAUAAUUGAUUACAGUAUCUAAUAAAAGGAAUUAUAAUUUGUUGUUUGACCAAGCAUAUACAUAGGUAGCCUAAUCAAUAUGAUUUUUUUUCAAUUUUAAUAUGAAAUUAUAAAUUUUAAAAACUUCACAAGUAUAAUCUGUGACAUUGAGUUCAAGGUGUUAUUCACUGAGGGCAUAGAGAACUUGAGACUUAUUUACAGUUUUAUAACUUAAGUCAUCAUCUCCACCGUUUCUAAACGUGUCGAUUUCUACGAUCUAAGGCCAACCCAAUAUCAUGUUUGGUAAUUCGUAAAACUAUUAAUUGUACUGAACACUGAUAUAGAGGCCACGCGAAAUUGCUUUCAAUUUACUGACCUAUGUAUGUAAUUAAGUUAUACGUAGAUGUUUCUCUUAUAAAAUAGAUCUAAAUUUAAUAGCAUAUAGAAGUCAUUUUUCCAAUUAAUUUUGUAGUACAAACAUUCGGAACGGAAAAGAAUAUUUAUGAGCGUAUGCAAGCGCAUACAUAGACAAAAAUGUGCAUAUGUCUAAACCAUUUUCAACUUCCAAUAUGAAGUUUUUAAAAGUCAAUUAUUUGUUUUCCUUGACAUUUUUUUGUCAAGAAUCAAAAAAAAAACUGUUUCAAAAUAAAUACAAAAUUGGCUCUCAAAUCAACUUUUGUGUAGGUAUGUCUUUCAUAUAUUACUAUAGCCUAACACAAAAAAUGUAAAGGAUUCGUUGAAAGCACUUAGUAUUUUUUAAAUUAUUUAUUAUCAAAUUUUGAAUAUGUUAUUUUGUUUUAUGAAUUUUUUGAUAAUUUGUAUUGUUUACCCACACGAAAUUUCGUAAUAUUACUGGGGCCCUACUCUGUAAUGCGUUUCGAAAGCCAAUCCGAUUCGAAUCUAAUAUUCAAUUCGUUCAUAAAUUCGUACUCUGUAAAAUGUUCGAAUCGAACCAAACAAUCAUCUAAUACUUUUUCUAUUUAUAGAAUAGAUUUGCCGAGUCUCGAAAUAUUUACAAAAUAAAAAUCAAAACAAAUCACAAACAAGACGAGGAAAAAAUUAAAAUUCAGUCAUUAUUAUCACUUGAGGAUUAUCGUAAUGACUUUUUUUACACUUCACUUUUUUGUGAUCAAAUUUGUCUUUUGCCAAGGUAUACUUUUUUCCCUUCAAGUCAUAUGAAUUCCACCAUAAUUUCAAAUUGCUGUUGAUGAUUCCCUGUAAUAAAAUUUAGUUGCUUAAGUUUUGGAUAAAAUUAUUAUUUCCUUUCUUAUAUUUUAUCUAUUUCACACAACUUAACACAAUUUUCCUUUUGUGUUCUUUGUCAUUCCGUAAGUACUAGAUUUCCUAUCCGCAUUAGAAAUAGAGAGUACAAAAUAUUCGUUUUGGAAAAUAUUUGCUUCUGAAACGCAUUACAGAGUAGGGCUCCUGUAUAUUUCUUUCGAAAGUAUUAAAACCCUUUAUAAUUUUACUGAGCAUACUAUUUGAUUUUAUUAUAAAUCGAAUGAAUUACAAUUCAGUAAAUGAAAUAUUUGUAAUGUUUUUCAGAUCGAUUUUUGUGAAGUUCUUAUUUUUCUUUUGUAAAUAUUUAAUUCAGAAAUUACUUGUGAGUGUUAUUGAUAUGCCUCAAUUUCUCAUAAGAUAUAGAAAUAAUGUUGAAUUUCGGCUAUUUUAAUGGUCAACUUUAUUUUCAUACAAACCACAUUGCACUAACUCCAAAUCCUACAGUGCGACCAAGCAUAGAAACUGAAAAGGGGACAAGUCCCUUUAUACAGACCUUACCAAUUCUGUGUUAGUUUAUUGUCUUGAUUCUUAUGUAUGUAUUUUAUUAACAAAUAUUUUAGUUGCCGGUUAUAAAACCAAAUUCUAUUUGGAAAUAAAAUCCAUUAUUAAAUAUACUUUUUUUGUUUACAAUAUUCCGUUGGAAUUUAUUGUAUAUCGAAGUCGUUUCUAACUUACUGCUAUCUAUUUAAUGGCUAUCUUUAAUUGUCUAGCCCUUGCUGUUUUUUCUCUUUUCCCGGGGCUUAAUACCCGCUUUAUAAAACAAAAAUUUGGUUCUAUAAUUCGAAAGAGUGAGAGUUCAUCCCAAAUUACAUGGUCCUUAACAUCCAAUUUCUCUAAUUCCCUGGGCCCAAAAAUCGUGAGAUUUAAAAGUGUCGAUGCAUAGAAAAUGCAAUCAAUACUACGUUUUAAGCGUAAUCACAAAGGUUUAUUGACAUCUGAUCUAAAAUUGUUUUUAAUUUUGUAGACUUUUUUUCUUGUCAGCUUCGUUUUUUAAAUUAUAUUGUUAUGAUGUGCUUACUUUCGCCUUGUAUUGAAAGUAGUAAGACAAAGUUUUUGCAUCAAUGACGUUGAAAUAGCUGAUGAAAUGAGCUGGAUAGAAAUAAGACCUAAUACUGGUCUAAUCAGUAAUGAAGGUUAGUUAGAGCUGAAACCAAAAUCCCUUAAAUUUGAAAUUGCUUUCCCUACGUUCUAAAUAAAUACAUACAUAUGUACAUAUGUUACUCGUGUGUGAACAAUUAUUUAUGGCUUAAUGUUUAAUAUUUGUAGAAUUCUUGAAUAUCUAAAAAAAAAAGUAAAGGCGUUUAUAUGCACCUUUAUAUAUACGUAUGUAUAUAGAUAUAUCCACCUUUCCUUAAACUACAAAAACAAAAAUUAUCUCUAAACUCAUAAAAAUGCACAAAAUAAAUAUUUGCUGACUAGUGUACAAAUUAUUGAAAACGCAAAAUACCCAAUAGUCAAUUUUUAUUUGAAACGAACAUAAAACAGAUUUAUAUUAUUAUUAUAAGAGAUCUAUAAAAUGUUCUUGAUUUCUCAACGCUCAUUAUAAUAAUUUCAAUUUCAUUAACAGGUCUCUCCAAGGACCGUUCUAAUAGUGAAGUAUUCUUAAGUAUUAUUGUUUACAAAAACUGCUAUUUUGUCAGAAUCAUCAUCGUUAAAUAUAUUUGAUAAAGUUGUGCUGCCUUAACAUGCAAGAAAAAUAUUCUAAACUUAGGGUCCAAAAAGUAAAUAAAACAUCGAUUUUAUCAUUCCUGCAGCGUUUUGGUUGUAUAUUCUAUGAAAAUGAGGAAGUUUGUUCUUUCGAUAAACAAAGUUAAAAGCUUGUGUUUUUUUUUUUUAGAAAGUCAUAUAUAUGCAUAGAUACAAGUUACACAAAUAUUUAUUUAUUGCUAAUAACUUUUCACAUUAAAAAAGUCUGCUCGUUUGUUACUAAGUUAUUUUGGUGUAGGCAUGAAGAAAAUGGCCUAUACGAUAUAGAGUGAUAUUAAAUGUUUAAUUGUACUUUUAAAAAAGUAGAUAAAAUAUGUUACUAGUUUCAAAAACUUGCAUCAUUUAUAUUCCGUGCUGAACAUUGACUGACCUAGUGACUAAUGCAACAAAAUGGGAUCAUUCAAGUAUGGUAUUAGAUUUCUGGCUUCCGUAAUAUUCAGACGAACGUAUCGCUAAUUUUAUUUUCAUUUUCGAAAUAUAACUUGUGACGUAUUGAGUUUGCAUACAAAAUAAUAUAUAAAAUGAAUUUUAAAAAUUAUUUGUUUUAGAAAAUUGUUAUUUAUCUCUGAAAAAAAUAUAAUUUAAGCCUGCUUCUGAUUUUUCCCGUCCAUACUUAACGUCUUUGUUUUUGUUGUAUGACAAAGCCAAUAAAUUGCUUGAAUGGUUGCAACACAUAUGAAUAUAGUAUAAGAAUUCGAAUAUUAUUUGUCCGUAUAUAAAAGCGGCGGGCGUGAAAGAAGAAUCCAACAUAAUGAAAGAGAUGACGCAAAAAUAAAUGACAUCACUAUAUAUAUAUAUUUACGGGACAACUCUUAAUAAAUUACUUAAGUAGAGCAUUGGUCGCAUUCACAAAGAUUGAGGCUAUAGUCAAAAGAUUCUGAUUGACAAAAGUAGUUGAAAUUUCCCCUCCAAAGUAGUGUACAAAAUUCGGCUAAAAAGUUAGUGGGGAAUGAUUUUGCCGUUUCACAAUCAGCUUUCAUUGAAUUUAAAAACACAAAAGAUAGUUUAAAGUUCUCAAAUCAAAAAUGUUUCUUAUUUUAUAUAUUUGCAUAUGCCAACAAUAUGACAGUUCCAGAUAGAAUAGCUUUGUAAUGUUGUUUUGCAUUCACAAAGCUAAUUGAAUUUUGACUACGUAACCACUAGCUUUGUGAAUGCUCCCAUUAUGUCCACUGAUGCCUGUGUUGAUCUAAUAACCUAAUUAGGAUACUACAUAUAUAUUAAAAUAUUCUACUUAUUUUCUUUUCCUUGACUAAAAUUUUAUAUUGUUCAGGCAACGGCUUAGUAACUGAUAAGGCAUCGGGUCCCAUCGAUCACCGAAAUCAAGCAUCAGUGAGCGCGGUUGGUCUACAGAUGGAGGACCGUUUCGAUACCUACCGCGUGCUGUUGUCGUGUGUUCUUUCUGUCUGUUGUUCUUCCUCUUCUGUCCCGUACUAAUGUCUUGUGUUGUUAUCACCUUAUAUAGUCUUACAGCCCUAACUUCUAUCAAUUUAUUGAUAAUUUGGUAUUAUGAGUAUCAAAUGAUAAUUUUUCACCCAUUGUGAAUACCAUUGUGAUCACCAUAAUACUAACCAAAUACGAUUGUGAAUAGGUUUUGUUUGGUGUUUGACGUUUGUCAUUUGUGUUGAGUUCUUAUGUUUUAGUCUAUAAAUAAUUUCGGCGGAAUAAUGUAAAUUAUUUUCAUUAAAUAAAUUUCUCUUCUUUUUCUUGAUAAUGUUUUGUUUAUUUAGGAGUAGAAUAGUUAGCUACAGAAAACAAAUAGAAAAGCUUGCUUGCACGAUAAACCUUCGUUCCUCCGUACAAUUGUCUUCAAACAACAAUUCUAGUGCAGGCAUUUCGUUUCGUUCAAAAAAAAACUUUUAUAAAUCAUAUUUAAAUUACAAUUAUUUACCAUUUACGAAUAUUUGAUACAUUUGUCAACGAAGAUUUUGUAUGUGAUAGAAUAUUUGAUGGGUAUCAAUAUGUUUGAUAGCCGUAAUAGCCGAGUUUAUCAAUAAAUCUAUUUGCAAUAGAUCUUUUAAUUCACUAUUUAUCAAAAAUAGUGAUAAUUGAUUACCAUAAUACCGAUUCAUUAAUUUUGUUGAUAAUUAUCAACUAUUAUCAAAUAUCGUGUUGAUAUUUGGUAACCAUAAUAGGGCUGUUAGUCGCUCUGUACAUUUAUGUGCUGAUAAGUAUGUAACGUAAUUUAUAUUGUUGGCCGUCAUUUUUUCUUUUUCCUCGUGUUUACAGUUUUUGAACAUGAAUGCGUUAUUUAUUUUCAAUAGAAUCUGUACUGCAAGACAUUGAUAUAAGUGCCAAGACUUUUUUUCUUUAAAAUCAGCAUCAUUAAUGACUUUAAUAUUUUUGCAAGAUAUUUCAAAAAAUCUAGACGAAAGAUUCGCUGCAAGGACAAAAUAUUACUUUUAAAUUGUUUUGCCAAGAAGGGCAGUGGAAAAUCAACAACUAAAGACAUUUUCCUAAAUAUAACCAAGAUAGCGAAACUAUUGCAUAUUGGCGAUAACCCAUUCAUUACUAUAUUUUCUAUUGGUCUUAAAACUACUCAUUGCAUACAACAUUACUAAUAAAGAUCUAAAUAUACAUAGAUAAGAGUGUGACAAAGUGAACAAAUUUUUAAUUGAUUCGUUGUAGCUUUGAACUAUUGAUUCAAAAUUUUUACGUUAAAAAAAUCUUACUGAAACUAAGAGGGGAAAUUGUUAAUUUUUGGAAAAGUUCCAAAAUUGGUUCAGAGUGUACGAUGAGAACGAUGUUGACUUUACUAUAUAUUUUUUUUUAAUAAUCUCACAAAAAGAAUCUUGAUUAGUUUGUCCGAAAAUUAAAGAGCAAAAAGCCUUGUCAUAUCUUUCUAAAACAUUGAUUGAAUACUAACAAAAACAAUUCUUGAUUUCUCCCCUUGCCAACGAUAUACAUAAUGUCUUAAUAUUUUAUAACAAUGGGAACAUCAUUAAUUCCAAAUCAUGUAAUCAAUCAAUUCAAUAGUACAUAUAUUGAUUUUAUUUUCCCUAAAUAAGGAAAAACACAUAUCAGACACCUAAUAUAUUUUUUCAAUAUACAAUUUAAUAUAAACAGUUAAAAUUUCAGUAAUAUACAUUUCAAAUAAAUUUCAAAACAAAAUAUUGACGCAUUAUGGUCGUGGCUGUCGAUAUAUAUUAAAAAUAUUAAAUUAAAUACUGGGAAAAUAAUUUUACAAGAACAUGAGUUUUACAUGUAACUAAUUUCUUAGAACGGUAAAUGAAUUCGACAACGGGGUGGUUUUUGCGGACAAAAACAAAUACUUUAAAAUUUAAAUUUAAAUUUAAAUAAUUUUAAUUUGAUACAACAAUUUCUUUCGAUUAAUUAAUUUAUUAAUUUACAGGUAUUCAUAAUUUUUGGGAUAAGUUCUUGCUUGCGUUGAGCACUCUUAAGAUAAGGAAAGCAAAGGGAUGAACCGUGAGGACCGUUUUGUGUUGUUAAAAAGAAUGUUGGACAAAAAUAAUUAGUUUUGAAUAACUUCCCUUGGAAAAAAGUACUAACAUUUAUAGUAUAACUCCAUUUGGUUUAUCCUUUUUACCAAUGUACUGGAACCAAGGCAUACAAAAAAACUUUUAAAAUUGCUUUUACCAAUAUCUUAGUUAAACAAAAAGUUGGCAAUAGGUUAAAAUUUGGGGUUAAGCUUCUUAAAUACGCCUCUGUCCUUUUCCGUAAAAAAAAUGCAGUCCGGCCAGCCACUUUUUUAUAUCGAUUUUACUCGACUGUUCAUCUAAACUAGGAUUCCGAUAGUUUGAUUCGUUUAAAACUGUUCAAGUUGUCAUUUUCCUCUUAGAAAAAUUAGAGCUUGAAGAUUAUAUUUAUUUUUUCGUUCAGAUAUUAUUCUACUUAUGCACAUAUGUAUGUAUGUUAAGAGCACACUUAACAAGCUUGAACAUGGGCCAGUGUACCGAGUCCUAACCGCCAAAUUGUCGUAAGCGCCAAAAAUACGAGUAUGUGUAUCGUAAACGAAAUAUCGAAAAUAUACUGCUGGUUUUAAAUACUAAUUAUGACUAACAAUAGCAUAAGAUGGUACACAUUUUUAAAUUGCCUAUUUUAUUUUUUUUGUUUAAAAUGUCGCUACCGAUGAAAGGGAUCGAUGCACACCGAAAUACCCAACAAGCGGACUUUGAGCGAGUUCAACUUUGCUCAAAAGAUUUUCUUUUUUAAUCUUCAAUAUUGUUAAUGAUAUUAAUGUAUUGAUUCUCCAAGAUUAAAGGUAGUAGCUCAAGGCGUUGAAGAACAUUUAAUCAUUAAUAUAAUCAAAGAUGCUAGAUAAUAAUAAAAUAUUAUGUAUGCUCAUGAAAAAUGGAUUCAUUUAAAUACUGUUCAGUACUGAAUUUUCAGAGAAUUUUAAUUGAGAGCAUAUCCCAUCGGAAUGGCAUUUACUCUUAAAAUUCAUUUAAAUUUAUGCAAUUCCAAUAAUUUCUUUGACACAUUCAAACCGCUUUUUGUAAAUGCGUUUUUAUCAAUAAAGACACCAACUAAAUUAAAUAAAAUACAAAUAUUUAACAUUUUAACUACUAAUUCAAAAUUAAAAUUUGUAAUACAUAUAUUCCUUAAUAAUUUGUAUUUUUGUUGUUUUUGUAAUGCUUUUAAAAAAAUUGAAAAACAACAAAUAAAAAAAGUAAUCUUAAAAACUUUCAACCCAUAUCUCUGUACCGUUGACAAAAAUUAAUUCUUAUUUUUCAAGAAUUUUCAAUUAUUUCAAUUAAUUAUUAAAACAAAACACAAAUAUUAGAAAAAAAAAAUAUUUAUACAUAUUAUAAUGAAAAAAAUAUAUAAAGCUCUAGAAAAGAAAAACAGAAUAUAUAAGGUACUCAAAACUAAUCUCUCGAAAACAUGAAAAAAGUAAAAACAAAAUGUGCUAUAUUUUUAAGCACUGAAUUUAUAGUUUAAUAAUAUAUAAAUACAUACAUCAUUAAAUAUGUAUUUACUAUUUUUAAUAAAAUAUUCUAUUAUUGUAUUACUAUUAAUAAAACGACAAUUUUGAGUCCAUAACUCUUGGUAUCGCAAUAAAUAAAUAAGAUGUAACGUUUAUAAUUAAAAAAAAUCGAGAACGGACGCCUGGAAGAGGCAAGUUGUAUCAAAUUAUAAGAAAAUUUAAAUAAAUACAAAUUCAUAAACGAGAUUUUGUUUACAUUCUUUACGAUACCUUUAUGUACAUAAGUCAAAAGGUAUUCAUAUAAAUAUAAUUUCAAACAAAUAACGCUUUAUUUAUUAAAAAAAUAACAAAACUUAUUAUGUACAACAUUUGAGUGUAAGUUACUAAGCUAUACAUAUUUUUUUUAUAAUUUGCAUGUAAUUAGUAACAUUAAAACCAUACACAAAGUCAUAUUUAUAGUAAUUUAUUAAUUUGUUUGCCUUUCUACUAGAACCCGUUAACCAUAUUUUCAAAUAUAAAUAAGAUACAAGAAAAACUUCAUUAAUUCAAUAAAUAAUGUAAACAUACAAAUAAAUAUUAAACAAAAAUGAGAAAAUAUUUUCUCUAAAGAUAUUUAUUUUGUUCACUUUUUUAAGAAUAAAUAAUAUUGUUUAUUUGACUGAAUUAAUAUAAUAUAUAGUUUAAAAAAAAAAUUAUACAUACAUACAUAUAUUAUUCUUUAUUUUGAAAAUUUUGAAAUUUUGAAGCUCUCAGUGACUUAUUGGCAUAGAAAUCAAAUACUAUCCCAAUUUCAAUUCCCUAUAUUGAUAUAUAUAUAUUGACCCAAUGGGAGUAUAGAAAUUAAUAUAGGGUUUUGGCUGCACCCUUAAUGUAGCAGUGUUUUUUCAAAUUCCAAAUUCGCACCCAAUGAGCGUCUAUGUGAGCCUUAAAAUUAAAAGAAAUUCAAAACAAGGACAUCAUAAUAUACAUAUACGUAGAAAAAAAAUAUAAAAAAAAAAUCAUUUUCAAGUGAAAUAUUUAAUAAAUAUAUAUUGCAUUUAUAUUUUAUAUAUAGAUGUAUGUAUACCUAUAUAUUAUAUUUAUAAUAUAUAUAUAUAUAUCUGAUUACCCGAAAGACUUAAAAUAUUAUGUGUUUUAUCUAUAAAAUUAUAUAUAUAAAUAUUUAUAUGUAAACAGAAAUAGAAUUAUUAUGACAUGAAAACGUAAAGAAAAAGAAAAAUAGUUUCAAAUUAACUACGACUUAAAAUAAAUGAAAAUACAUAUUUAUGUACUUUAUAUAUCGAUUAAAAUUGAAAACUCUUUUUAAAAUGAUAUUAAAACUACCACAGAAAACUACGAAAUUAAAUGAUUGCAUUUAAUUUAAAGGUAUCGUAUUGAUUUGACUAAAAUAAAAGAAAAAAAAAUAAUAAAGCCACUUUUAGAGUUGGUCGUGAACUUUUAUACAUAUAGGUAUAGUUUUUAAUUCUUGGAAAAGAAGAGAGGUGCUUAUAAUUCUUGUUCUGUUUUUGUUUUUUACAUUGUCUCCUUGGUAUCCCGAGAAUAAUAAACAUUGCUCUCAACUAUCCGGUAAUAGAACUUGAUUAUACAAAUAGAAAUUUAAACUACUUGGAUUAAAAAAUAGAAUUAAAUAUGUAGUGUAAUAUGUAAGAGCAACAUUUUAUGGUUUUCAAUUCCGAUUAUAUUUAAGUACUAUGAAUUCAAAUUUUAAUAUCUGUGUUUCUACAAACCGUGACCAAAAGAAUUACACUUCAAUUACACAAUGUCAUGUAUAACGAACUUCUUUAAAGUGAAAAAAGUGCAUUUGGUAAGCCAUUUUUUUUUUUUUUUAAUUUAUCACUACUUAUAAGUUAUUCACACUUUGAUGGUAUGUAACACGACAUAUCUGUAAAAGCUACAAAUAUAUUAUUUCCCUUCUAAUAAGCAUAUACAUAUUAAUAUUGACUUUUGUGGAUUUAAAGACUUAUUGCUUUUGCAUAUGUGUUAGAUAUUUUCAGUCUUAUUUUAUGAUGCCAUUUUAAAUUUGUUCAAACUGAGAAUCGCACUGUACUCAAGAAAUAAAUGUUUUACUUCGAAUAAAUAUAAAUAAGAAUCUCAAACUGAAACAAAAAACAAAAAAACUUUUUUUCGAAACAUGACGGUUUUAUUUCUUGUUAAAUCAAUGUCAAUAGUCACGAAACUCAUGGAAUUGCUUAUUUUCACGAUACUUACUGAUAAACUGAAUUGUAUUGAAAAAUUAUAAUUCAAAUCGGAUAGUUUGAAAAUUCGAAAAAUCAGCAUUGACAUUGGAUAUCAAGAAUCGAAAUGAUUAAGAUAAUACAUGAGAUUGAUUUGUUAUUUAAAAGAAUGAAUUAAAACAUUUACAUUUAAACGGCAUAAUGUUGUGUCAACAUCAUCAAAAUAAUUGUUUAAGGUUUAUUUCACACAUCAAAAAUCAAUUAGUAAAAAACUUAAAAACAGCAUAAAUGGCAUAAUUUUGAAAAAGAAUCAAAAUUAAUCAAUUAUAAAAACUUAAAUUGUAUUCCUUUUCAAUUUUAAUUGGAAAUAACUCUGGAAGGGUUAAGCUUAUCUAAAAAUAUGUUUACUUUUCUACAAAAAAAAGGAAAAUUUCCUUCAAAAUCUGGAUUAUUUUGUUUGAUAUUUACAUUAAUCAACAGUUAAAAAGAAAAACAUACGUAAUUAAUGGCUUGAUCACAUGAACCCGGCUCGUUUAAACAAAAUUUUUACUUGGACUUGUAGGGCAUACCAUUUCCUAAAAAAAUAUGUACAUAUAAUUUUGAAAGGUUAAAGAGCUAAAAGUCAACUGACAAAACCGUUACAAAAUGUUACUAUAUCAAUUUUCUUUGUUUUCACUACGGUAAAAAAAAGUCGGGAAUUUACUCAUUGCAGCGAAAAAAAUAAACAUGUUUGAACAAACAAUAUACAAAAUAAAUCGUUAUACUUAAAAACAUAUUUUUCUCAAAAAAAAAAUAUUUUAACAAAAACCCAAAAACUGUUUGAUAAUGAAAAGUAUUAUAGACAUUGAACAGUAAAACCUGUAAAUUAUUCUUUUAAAUACAAAAAAUAAAGAAACGGUUGAAAUUUGGCAAAGGUUAAGGUCAGUUUAAGAAAUGUUUACAAAAAUCAUUAAGAGAAAGAAAAUGACUUCAGAGUCCACGGUUGUUUGUUUGUUGUCGAGGACAACAGGAUAUAUCUCUAUUUGCUUAUAGCAUAGCUCUGGGUAUCGCAACUUUUUCACCUUCGAUAUUUGCUUUAAGUUGUGCCAAAACCCGUGGCAAAAGAUAAACACUUUGGAUUUGAAAAAUUACUACAAGUCCGUUGUGGCGGGUGAAGUAUCAUCCUUUCUUUGAAGCUUUGCCGUUUCUUACUUUGGUCUUAUGUAACUGUAGUUGUUCGUGCCUAAGGUUUUAAAACUUUUUUAUCAGUAACUUUGCCUUCCGUAAUUCAAUUACUAUUUCACUCAUUCGUGAGGUAAUUUUUUCAGUGAAUGGGUAUUGCUCAUUUUUGGUUUAAGGUGUAUACACGAAUAAAAUUGGAGAUUAAAAGGAGAUCGAAGAUAUUUUUGGGAUUGAACUUAGCAGUUGUAAACAGAAUUAAUUUUUGUUUUGUCAAAAUACCUGUUUAAAAAUAUAGGAACAUUUUUUUGGCAUCGAAAGAGAAGUAUUUAAAUUAACAAGCUUAAUUUUUGCUGCAUGAUACAAAUUUUCGGAUUUUGAGGUUUAAGUUCUUGAAAGUGAAUUUUUUUUCUUCUGCACUUUGUUGGCAAAUAUCUUUUAAAAUCAAUGCUGAAAUAUUUAUAUAUCUAAAAGGUUUUUUAAUUGAUAUUUAAUUUGAUUUCAAUUUUCAAUUUAAUAGCAUUGUUAUUAACAUAAAUUAUUUCAAAAUACACCUAAAUAUUAGAAUGGACUGAAGCCAAUAUGAAUCAUAGGGUUAAAACUUACAUUUAUUCAAUCUUAAAUUUGACAUAGGCGUAUAAUUUCAUCUUUUUAAAUAUUUAUAGAAUUCUCAUAAGGUUCCGCUAUUCGUUUAUGUACACACGCUCUUAGAGAAAAAGAAUUCGUGAUUUGCAGUACCAAUCAACAGAUUAACAUAUGUAUAUUUAUAUAUAUAUUGCAAUGUAAUAAGAUUACACCAAAAUCAACCCGAUCCGUUCUUCCUACAAAAGUUAUAAUUCUCUUAUCGCUUAAAUAUUAUAUUUUUUUGUCUUAUGUACCUAAUUUAUAUAUUUUUAAAAUCUGUACUCUGGGAAAGAAUAAAUAAGCUUACUUACGAUUAUCCUGAAGCUAACAAAAAUACAUUUCAUUAUACAUAUCUAGAAAUUAUUUAGUUAACUUUUGUAUUGUGUAAUAUAUAAACAGUUAUAUCGACUUAAAUUCAAUUUCAUAAUCUCAGCUUUCUUGAUCUUGAAAAUGAUUCCACUUGUACUACAAACUAAACGUCACCUUCCAUCUCAUUGAUAUCAAACCUUACCGUGUACACCCUUGGACAAGCAUUUAUAGUAAAAUGAGCAUUCCUCAAUAUUCAGUUUAAGUUUUUCAGUAGCUUAUUUCAUAAAAAUCCUCAUCGGUUGUUUCUCUUUACCUGUCCAACAUUAAGUUCGAGGAAACGCUAAAUCUUUGCUUAUGUUUUCAACUGAAACAUUCGAAAACUUUGCAAGAGUUUUGUAUUGAUAACGAAUCAAGGUUGCAUUUAUUCAAAUUGCAUAGUUUAUCAGCAUUUCCUUCAUAAUUAGUUUUAACUUGUCAACUGUAAAAAGGAAACACCCUAAUACGUGACUGCUAUCGUAAGAACAAAAAUGGCUUGUUGGAAAAUCCUUUAAGACAGGUUCUGAUAUUCCAGUGAUUUUCUUGGCUAUGUUAAAAAACAACCGAUUGCAUAAGAGGUAUUACUUUAACAAUUUCAUUUCUGAUGGCAAGAAGUAUCAAAGCUCAAAAUACUACAAUAUGCAAUCUUUUCAAUUUCGUGCAUUACUAAGAAGAAAGGUUUAAAACUUUAAGAAAUAUAACGGAAUAGAAAAUCAAUAAAUGACGGGUAUAAUGCCUGCAAAAAAGUGUGUUCAACAUUAAGGUGUUUCAAAUUUUCCAACAUUAUUGAUAGUUUUCAAAUCCUGCAACUAUAACGAAAAAAAAAAUAAAAACAAAACCUUAGAUCUUCAGUUUCAGUCAGCCUCGAUACAAGGUAGGUAGUAGGAAGUAUCCAGGAUUUUCAUUUAUUUAUGAUAAACAUAUUAACUUCUGUAAAAACUUGUUUAAACUGCAAGAAAUGACUUGAGCAGGAAUUCUUUCAAUUUGACCCCGUAAUAUACAUUAGAAGCUUCACAGAAGAUUUCAAAAUUUCUACGACUGAAACUGAUUUUGAGAUUUAGCUUUUCCGGUCCAGGAGUAAAAUUAGAAAAUUCCAAAACUGUACUGUUAAGAUAUUCAACUUAACAUUGUGCUGUAAUUUCCUGAAAUAUAAUUACGGCCAUCACCAGAUUUAGUGCUACGUGCAACAUUGAAAAUUCUGUACGAGUGAUUCAAGGGCAUGUCCAGUCCAAGUCCAAUUUACGUGGAAGUGAUGUGAACUGGUUUUAUAUCAAUACAGUUGAUCAAAACUAAGAUCUAUGAGUCGCAUUCGAUUUGCAACAUAUUUACAAAAAAAAACAGUAGCAUAAAAAAAUAUGAUUUAAAAAUAUGAAGAGUCCUAAAAUGACGUAGGUUUAAUACCAAUUUACUUUUAACAGUGUGAUGAUGAGAAAAGUCUUAAAUUAUUAUUGGGUAAAGUUGGAUGGGUUCACUAGCCAAGUUCCUGGGGCCCAAUAUAUUUGUAUGAAUAAUAAUAUUUAAUAUAGUAACAGAAAACUUUGCAAGUAAUAGGGCAUAUUUAUCACAAAUCACAGUUACUUCUAUAUCACACCACUAAAAUUAAUUAUUACUAAAUAUUUGCUUAUUUAAGCUUAUUACUAAGAUUUCUUGCAACUGUAAGUGUUAAGUAAGGUAAGCCGAGAUCACUCGGCUAUGAAUUAUUGAAACAUCUACUUGAUAGUAUUUUUUCUUUUUUUUAAAAAAAGACUAUUUUUGCAUUUUCCUGGUUGUUGUCUGCGUUUCAAAUACGUGCUUGCUUUUUAAUUUGGUGAGUUAAAAAAACUUUGCCCAUGUAAUCGGAUUUCCUUGUUAAAAACUGAAUACAUAUAAGUUUGGUUGGGAAAGAUAGGCUCUAAGGUCCAAGUAAACUGUUUAUGAAAUUUUAUGAUUGAAAUCGCCGCAGAAUAAUGUAAGACGUGCUUAUAAAAAAAAUAUUUCAGUAUGAUAAUACGUGUGGACAAAAAGCCAAUAGAUGAAUUUUGGGCGACUUUGGAAUCCGUACAAAGGGUUAACCGCUGCCGCGAUCUACUUAAAAUGAACUUAACUUAAUUAAUUAAUUAUUUAGAGCUUAUAUUUUAGCUAUAUUUCUCAAUCUUAGUAGAAAUAUCAAAUAAUUUUUUGUUACUAAGAAGAAAAUCUGCCAAACGCUUUCGGUCCAAAUGAUACAUUUUUAAAUGUUGCUUUUUCAUAUUUGUCUCUUUUUAAGAUUAAAAGGAUAACAACUUAUUGGCAAAUUCUGUUCUUAUCUCAUAUUGUUCGUCAGUUUAAUUUCAAUUGAUUUCCAAUCAAAAUAGUCUACAACAUUUUCAUUAGUAGCUGUAAGGUAUUUUUUUGAACUACUUGUAUCAUUAUUUAUAAGCCCGUGUACGUUUCAUAUUAAAAUCACUAUAACAGAAAUGUAUUUAUUAUUUUGAACACUGAAUGAAGCGGUUAGUUAAAUUUAAUUUUUUCUUAAGAAUGACAAAUCCUUAAGAAAAAAAAACUUUCGUAAAACAAAAAUAGAAACAAAUACGACGAAUUUACUGGGAUACUAGGAUCAAAAAUUAAUGUACUAAACCUUGCGAAACUCUUGUGAGCAAUGACUAUUUUUCUUUAUUUCAAAAUUUCAAUGGCAAACCGAAGAUAACCUACGUCGAUUUCCAUGAUAGCUAUCACAUCUAUCCACUCCCAAAACCAGCACAAUUUCACAAUAGGAACACGCUUUUCGACAAAAAAAAUUGUUAAAUUUGUUUAACUGGAAUUUGUAUAUAUUUUUUCAAAUUUUUGGUAAAAAUAGACAUUUUUAGAAAAAUUGUGAAAACUGUGAAUAAUUCGCGUAUCAAUAAAAAUUGGUAAAAUCAUCACGGGCAUCAUUAUAAACAAAUGGUGAAUAGUUCUAACAAAUUCUAUAUCAGCAUUAUGAGAUUAGUAAAUAUUUGAGGUAUUUUAAUAGAAGGUAUCACAAAAAUAACCCAGAUAUCUGUUUCUCGAAAAUGAUUGCAUUAUUGUAAAUGUUGAUUAUAUUCCAAUCUUAGCAUGUUGAUGUAUCCACUAAGGAGUAAUAUUCAUUAAAGAUAAAAACCGUUUGUGUUUGUAGCUCACAUUUAAUAGUUUAGCAUGUCUUAGUCCAAAUUACACUAUGGUUUGGACCCGAUGCUGGACUCCAACAUGUUCUGAUACCACCAACAAAUUAAUAAAUAAACCAGUUGCAGAAAAAAGUAAUUUGUUCGCAGGAGGGAGAAAAUGUGUGUUGGUUUUUUUAACAGAAAACCUUAAUAGUUUUUUAUGCCCACAUGGGAUCUUAAUGAACUAUACUUCUGUUUAUUAAUGCUGUCCUCAACGUCUCUAAAAAUGUUUGUCGAGAUGCAAAUUAUUCAGGCGAAAUGUUUAUUUUUAUACAACUUAAAAUUUGUCAAGUAUUGCAAAUAUGUUUACAUAUUUACGAAUAUAAAAUUAUACAAUGAAUCAAAAAAAAAAUAAUAAAGAAAUGUUUCUUUUAUUCCAAAACGAGAAGUUUUCCACCCUGUUAAAUUAUUAUUUUUAUAAGUAACAAAAUAUUUUAACAUACUCUAACAACUCUCAUACAGUGCGUUGUGAAUAAAAUUAGUUUUUGAUAUAAUCCUCCAAUAACAAUUAAUUGCAUACUAGUCUCUUAGAAUAGUUAUGAAUAUGAUAUAUAUAAUAACAAUGAAUUUGAAUAAAUAAUAAUAAAUAUGAGUAAUACAUAUAAUUAAGAAUAAUAAUUAUGUAUAAAAUGUGUCACAAGAUAAAUAUGCAACAAAAUAGUUGGUAACAAAUAAAAACGAUACAAUAAAACAUAUACAGACAUAAAAAAUAGUCAUGUAUUGUAUAGAUUUAUGUAACGAUAAUAUUUAUAAUUAAAACGAAAAAAAUAUAUAUUUAUUUCUAUUUUAUAAAAUGUAGUCUCACAUUUAUAUAAUAUAUAAAAUAUUUAAAUAUACAUACGUAUAUACAAAAUAUAUGUAUACAUACAUAAAUAUAUAUCUAUAUAUAAAACCAUGACAAGUUUUGAAAAAAUGAAACUUAAGUGUCAUCGCUAGACCUCUAAGAAACAUUAAAAUGAUUCUCAUAAUAUAUAUUAUUAUAAUAAAACAUUAAAUAGACUGAAUUCUGUAACAACUUUCGGUGCAUGAUUUUAGUCACAAAGUCAAGAUUAAGAGUAAAAAUAUUUUAUAGUUAUUACAAAUUCAUCGCAUAGUCAAGUGAACAAAAACAAAAAAAAAUAACAAAAAUGUAAUAAUAAUGAUGAUUUUAAUAAAAAUAAAAAAAAAUAAUAUGAUAUGAUAUGAUAAGCAUAACGAUAAUAAUAGCAAAUAGAUUAAUAUUUAUAUUUAUAUAAAACUAUCCAAAAAGAAAACCAAUUAUAAACAAAAAAAUUAAAAUCAGCACUGAAGACUUAAUAAAAAUUUUAUUCAAAGACGAAACUUAAUUAUUUCAAUGGUAAUCUUUUUACGAAAUACAUGUAUUAACAUAUACAAUAGUAAGUGUGCACAAGUUUGCUUCAAAACUAUCUUACUUACUUACUACUGAUCAAAAAUCGAGUUAGCAGAUAAAAAGUUAAAAUUGACGACAGCAACAACAGUUAAUUUUAACAAAUAAAAAAAAAUAGAAAGGAAAGUCAAUUACAAUCUUUAAACAAGCAUGUAAAAAAGUGAAUAAAUUUAAACCACUAUUUCACUAAUAAAUAGUAUCUGUAAUUGGUCGACUUUAAACAUAAUAAAACGUGAUGGAAUUAAGAUUUUAUUGGAAACAAUUAUUGAUUUAUUUAAAAAGCCUGGUAAAAACUGCAAACUGGCCAAAAAGUUAUUCUCGCCUAGAAAUGCACCUUAGCUAGACAAUAAGAUUCAUCUUGCGGCGCUAGGUAAAAAUGUUUGCCCGUUGUAUUUGCACAUAGUAUACUCAUAGAAUUUAACAAAAUUUACCAGGUGAAUCUUUAGGUCUUACCAUUAUUUUUUAAUGCAGUAUCAGUAGAGUGAUGGUUAGUGCGUUGGACUGUCAUGCCAGAGGUCUUGGGUUUAAACCCUGCAUGUGCCAUCCAAAGUUUUUUAUCAGGGGUACUGCCUCUUGAACGGAAUUGACAAAUUCUCCAAGAGUAAUUCUUGUCAU